AUGGCUUCGUCGACAAAACUUGAUCAUGUUAAUGGCGUCUGGGAGCGGAUGCGAGGGAACAGUCCCAUCUACGACUUCCUUCUUUCGGACGUCACGCUAAUUUCAGCUUCUCAGGGCAGCAUCACCGCCCAUCUGACUCUGGGAAAGAAUCACGUCAACUCUCGCGGAACAAUACAUGGAGCAGUGAGCGCAGCCUUGGUGGAUUGGAGCGGAGGCCUGGCUAUUGCUACGCACGGGUUGGAAAAGACAGGCGCGAGCAUAGACAUCCAUGUUACCUUCAUUGGAACUGCCCAAGCUGGGGAGACAAUUGAGAUCCAGGCUCUUGCAAACAAGGUGGGAAGAUCGGUGGCUUUCACGACGAUCAGGAUUUGCAAGCUGGUUGAUGGCAGUCCAGGACCAUUGGUUGCAACAGCCUCACACACGAAAUACAUCUCGCAGCUAAAGCAGUGA